UGAGAGCAACAACUCGAGUGAUUGAAAGAAAACAAUUAAGAAGAAUGCCGAUCUCUAAAAUUGUGAUUGGAAAUGCUUCUGAGUUGAGGCAAGGCGAUGCGCUUAAGGCCGCACUCGCUGAGUUCAUCUCAAUGCUUAUCUUUGUUUUUGCCGGACAAGGCUCCGGCAUGGCUUAUAAUAAGUUGACAAACAAUGGCGCAGCAACACCAGCUGGCGUAGUGGCAGCAUCAUUGUCUCACGCCUUUGCUCUCUUUGUUGCAGUCUCCGUUGCCGCCAACAUCUCCGGCGGCCACGUCAACCCUGCCGUCACUUUCGGCGCUUUCAUUGGUGGCCACAUCACUCUCCUCAGAACCAUUCUCUACUGGAUUGCUCAGUUGCUUGGCUCCGUUGUUGCUUGCUUGCUCCUUAAAUUCGCCACAGCCGGACUAGAAACAUCUGCAUUUGCACUAUCUUCUGGGGUUGGAGCAUCGAAUGCAUUGGUGUUUGAGAUUGUGAUGACCUUUGGUCUGGUGUACACGGUGUAUGCUACUGCCGUGGACCCAAAGAAGGGUGACAUUGGGAUCAUUGCUCCAAUUGCCAUUGGCUUCAUUGUGGGUGCUAACAUAUUAGCCGGUGGGGCAUUUGAUGGUGCAUCCAUGAACCCAGCUGUAUCUUUUGGGCCUGCUGUUGUUAGCUGGACUUGGGCCAACCACUGGGUCUACUGGACCGGCCCAUUCAUUGGUUCUGCUAUUGCAGCUAUUGUCUACGACACUUUCUUUAUUAACCACCACACUCAUGAACCGCUCCCCGUCGCAGAUUACUAGCACCAUACUCACCUAAAACAACUAAUUAAACUCCAAAUACGUGGGAUGGCUUUACUUUUCUGCCUUCACUUUGUUUUUCUUUUUUUGAAGUGGAUUCCUAUGAGCUAUGUUCCAUUCUAAAAUCUCCUUUUAUUUGAAGCAAUGUUCAUUUCGUUGAGAGUAUAAUGGUUUUGGUAA